UACAACCAUUAGGUAAAUCAAUAAAAGUAGUUAUUCUUUUGAGCUGUGUUUAAAAUAACGAUUUCAAAUGUUUUUAUAAGAUUAGGAACAAUGGAGGACAAAAAUAAGGUCUCAAUAAAGCAAAACGUCGAUCUAUUGCGAAAGCAAGCAAAACGAAUUUUAAAGAAAAAAAAUAUUAAUGUGAAACCAAAAACUCAUUUGUUUAUGCACGAGAAACAUCUCACUGAAAUUCCGGCAGAAAAAAGCCCAACACAUAUAAUGUACGCUUACUAUCAUAACAAUGCUAUUACAAAAAUUCAAAAUUUAGACAUGCUUCAUAAUUUGACACACCUGCAUUUACAAUGGAAUAAGAUUGAAAAAAUCGAGGGCCUCGAUAAUUUGACGAAGUUAAAGAAGCUAUAUCUGAGUAACAAUCGUAUAAGUGUUGUAGAAAAUUUGGAAAAUCUAAAAUUCUUAGAGGAGCUUCAUAUUGAGAAACAAAAUAUCGAAUGCAGUGACGCAUUAUGCUUUGACCCCAGAACUCUUUUGUCUAUUGGCUGCUCCCUCAGAAUAUUGGACGUCUCUGAAAACAAACUGGAAGAUGUAACGUGGGCAAAGCCUCUUCGUCGCUUAGAAGUGCUGAUUGCUAAGAAAAAUAAAUUGGAAGAUGUUCAGGAAGCAGCCGAUGACCUCUGCACAUUAGUCGCUUUGGUUGACGUCAAUUUCACGGGGAACCCCAUGACCAAGAAACAUCGAUACAAAGAAACCAUUAUAGCGAGAUGUGCUCAGCUUCGAAUACUAGAUACAGUUCCAAUACAUAACACAUCAAAAGUAUUUCUUGAAAGCUUCGACAAGGUCGUCCGUUUGCGGCAGCUCAAUGAAAAGAACAAACUUAGUCUCUCACGAGACGGAGUGGAGGAAUUCUUUGAACUUAACAUGUUACCAGGCCCCAGGGUCCGGAGUACCAUGGAGAUAGCCCAGUAUUCGAAUCGGAGGCCAAGAACGUCGGCCAUAGACUCUUCAUAUACUUUUAUGCCACGAGACACCUGGCAUAAACGAGAAAGCCCACGGCAUAUUCCACCGCCUGUGGAACCACCUGUUCAUCAAAACGAAUCCGUACAUCCGUCAAAUAGUACAUCCGUGAAAGGAAUUCUGAAGAAACCCAUGCCCAUGAAAUAUAUAUAGAUGGUUGACUUAUUUAUUCAUACAAUGUUUAUAAAAUUAUAUUAUUAUUUUAUUUAGACGU